CCACCCUUGGGCGUCAUUUAUACACUACGUCACGCGAUCCUUCCACCGUUCUCAUUCACCUCAACCCUGUGAAGGAACGGCAUUGUUGGAGUCAGGAGGUCGACAGGACGACUGUCGUUCCGGGGAAGUUGACGGGCAUGUCAGCCAAGUCGUCCCCAUCGCCGCUCCAGGCGCCGGUCAACAACCCAGUGGACGAAACCACGAUGCCCAAGGGCCAUUGUCGAUAUAUUCUGUGCGUACCAGAAAUCAAGGGCCACCGAUGUGCCUGCGUCGGCUUCUCUCGCCAGAAAGGCAUUCCGGGCGCGACCUGCCAGUGUGGUCAUCUGGCCUGCUACCAUCAGAAGGAGCCAGACUCGUUACCUGGCGACCAACUCGAACUGCUAAAGAGGCGUAUCCAGCAACUUGAGGAGCAGGUUGCUAGAGGUAUUGCUGAAGAUGUUGUCAGCAGGUUGUUUGAUGUGGAGCACGACAUGAAGAAGACCAGAGGUAUCGUCAGCAGGUUGACAGACGUGGAGGAAACCUUGGAGAAGAGUAGGGAAGAGUUUGGUGAACAGAUCAAAGGGACCUACCGGAAUGUCAGCAUCAGCUGGCGGUCAAUCGAACAACUAGAGCGCAAGACUCAACAUCAGGACGAACAACUGCGUGAAGUGUGCGAGAGGUUGAGGGCCCAUGAUGAGCAGCUUGACAAGUUACAGGCAGGACAGCUGGAACUCAGGGACGCCGAUAUAAGCCUCGAGGAACGGAUCGAGAACAUUGCUGAGACGAUGGAAGAGCUGGAGGACUCGCAGGACGCACGGGACGCAGAGGAAGACGACCAUCUGGCCAAACUCAACGGACAUCACCAUCGAAGAAGGUCCACAUCGGACAUAUCUCGCCCAAACUUUCCUGUAGGCCCUUUAGGCCUUUUAGGCGGUGGCGCAAAUCCCAUCGAUAUUCACGGCCACUCGCAAGUAGGGCGGCCGCCCGUCCGAGAAUAUGGAGAAGGAUCCGCGCUCGACGGGACUCUGAUCUCCCAUCCCACGAGAACACCCCCGCUCUCUGCCCGGUCGACGGGUGCCUGGACCGUUCAUAUUUCGCUGCUUCCCCAUGCCCGUGUGCCCAUGCCGUUCGAGAGGAAUACCAACGCGUACCAACGAUGCUUAUCACGGGGUCUCCACCAAAUGGUAGCUGUUCAUGGGAGGGACGCUUCGUCAUUUGUCAAGGCCGUUGAGAAGGCGUUUGGCAUGUUCCUGAGAGGCCGUCCGUGGAUGCCCCUUCAAGCCAAACUCUGCGACGCCGAGCCACUCCAGGGCCUUCCGAUGCUGCGUCAACUUGAAACUUCCCUAGUCGACUCCAGCUACGACCACGACUUCCUCCGCAAGAACUGUGCCGUUUGCGACUCGAGUGGCAUGAUUGACUCGCUAUACAUUGCUAUGCGGCACGACACCAUUUCGUGGCACACGCUGAGGCAUGCUCCUGUAUUCAUGGAAGGCCUCGAAGCCGCGUGGGCAUAUGACCCGAUGCUCGACACGGAUCCUUUUGAUGGCGACAUGGCCGUUGACGACAGGGAACGGCCCGCUGCCGGUGAGAUCACCUCGGUAUUGCCUUCUUUGGCGCCGCCAUCCUCCCUCAAACGAUCUCGCGCAGAAAUGUCUCGAUCCAAUAGCUUUGGGGCAGCCGCUCCUCCAGUCGACGGCGAAGCGACCCGAGUAAAGCGGACUUGCCCAGCACCACCUUCCAGCUCCAUCCUGGAGCUGCGAAGGCGCGUUGAAACGGCAUGACUGGAAGAAGAUGUACGUUUUGCAUCUGAGCUCGAUAAGUAGUGAUGGGCACUGGGAUCAGGGCGGUAG